AUGGCAGUGAAGACCCAUUUCCCCGUGUUCGCGCCGCCGCAGCUCCGCCCCCACCCCCACCGCCCGGCCACCGAGAUCCGCUUCUCCCGUUGGAACAACGCCAAUGCUCGGAAAUUCACCCGCCGCGAGAGGUCUCAGAAGGAAAUCGAAGACGAGCUCCGCCUCGAAAAAAGAUUCGAUUCCGCCCUAACCAUCGCCCACAACUACAAUCCCGCCCCUCCCCACCCCACCACCUUCAAAUCCCCCGGCACCCCUUCCUCCCCCUCCGCCCCUUCCAUCCCCGGCAAAAAAUCCAAAUACUCAAAACCCCCAAAUUCCCACCCCGCCUUCAAAACCCUAGCUAAACCCCGCCUUCUCCCAAUCAUUCGAAAUCGAAUUAAAGAGGAAACCCUAGCUACUCAAACCCCCGAUUUCAGAAUCGAUGACAACGGAAUUUCGUACGAGAUGCCGGAGGCGCCGUUUUUGUAUCAGUAUAGCUACACCGAGACGCCGAAGGUGAGGCCGGUGAAGCUGCGGGAGCCGCUGGUGUCGCCGUUUGGGCCGGAGACGAUGGAGAGGCCGUGGCUGGGGAGGAGGCCGCUGCAGCCGAGUAAGAAGAAGCUGCCGGAGUUUGAUUCGUUUAAGCUGCCGCCCCCUCAUAAGAAGGGGGUGAAGCCGGUGCAGUCUCCUGGGCCGUUUCUGCCCGGUUCGGGGCCGAAGCAUGUGAGGUCGAGAGAGGAGAUUCUUGGGGAGCCACUGACGAAGGAGGAGAUUGAGGCGCUUAUAGAAAGCUCUAGAAAAUCCACACGGCAGUUGAAUAUGGGAAGGGAUGGCCUAACACACAACAUGUUGGACAACAUACAUGCUCUUUGGAAGCGAAGAAGGGUCUGUAAAAUAAAAUGCAAGGGUGUAUGCACUGUAGAUAUGGAAAAUGUGUGCCAACAAUUGGAGGAAAAAUCGGGAGGGAAGAUUAUAUACAAUAGAGGCGGUGUCAUUUACCUUUUCCGAGGCAGAAACUAUAACUAUAGAACACGACCUCGCUUUCCUCUCAUGCUAUGGAAACCUGCUGCACCAGUAUACCCAAGACUAGUCAAACGAGUUCCAGACGGAUUGACUUUAGAAGAAGCAUCUGAUCUACGGAAAAAAGGGCGUGAUCUAACACCAAUCUGCAAGCUUGCAAAAAAUGGUGUUUACACUCACCUUGUGGAAAAUGUGAGGGAGGCAUUUGAAGCAUGUGAACAAGUUCGCAUAAACUGCCAAGGUUUGAACCCAAGUGACUACCGAAAGAUUGGUGCCAAACUCAAAGAUCUUGUCCCGUGUGUGCUAAUAUCAUUUGAGCAUGAACACAUACUCGUAUGGCGAGGGCCGGAGUGGAAGUCCUCGAUAGAACCUAAUCUGAGGGUCGUGGAAGAAGUCAAAACUGGUACAGCUUCAGCGAUACCGCGUGCUCCAUCAACAAGUAUCCCCAACUCCUUGAGCAUCAGUGAAGACAAACAUGAUGAUCUUGAAAGCACAAUAUCUCCAACUUAUAAAGACGAUAAGCCCCAAGGAGACAGCGUGUUGUCUGAGGCCGGUGUAGAGGAUAAGCCCCAAGGAGACAACAUGUUCUCCGAGGCCGGUGUAGAGGAAACUAUGUCUUUUGCACCCGAUAUCUCUCUAAUCACGGUUGAUGAUCGUUCAGAAGAAGCAGAAGCAUGCAAUCAAAGCGAUAUGGAGUUGGAUGGUUCAGUGGAUAGUAUUGCAGCUGUAUCAUUGGCUUGUACCGAGGAAAUUAUACAACUCAGGGAGCAAGCAGUAGAAAACGGGAUGGCGGUUAUGCUGGAUCGCGAUAGCUUGGAUGCUGACAUUGUUUUCAAGAAGGCAGUUGCUUUAGCUAAGACUGCUCCGGAGGUCCCUAACUAUCGACAGCGUGCUAAGGAGUUACGAGAAGAGAAAAAGAAGCUGCAACAACGUGAAGAUUUGGGGGUGAAAGAAGCUCCGGUGGAUAUAGUUGCACCGAAGUUAACGGUUCGUAGCCGGAGAGGUGAAAGAGUGACUAAGAAAAUGGAGGAUAUUAAAGCUGAUUAUCUUAAUGUUGUUCCACAGGGAAACCUCAGAGUAGAUGAGCUUGCCAAGUUGCUAUCUUAGUUUUGAUGCAAUGGCAUUAUUUGUAUUUAAGAGGCUAUGUAUUAUUUUCACUUAAGUGUAGGUUUUGUGGAUAGAGAUGUUUACACUGUUACACACUUCAAAAAUAACAAAAUUAUUAUAAUA